AUGAACGGCUGCGCAGGAACGGCUGCGCAGGAACGGCUGCGCAGGAACGGCUGCGCAGGAACGGCUGCGCAGGAACGGCUGCGCAGGAACGGCUGCGCAGGAACGGCUGCGCAGGAACGGCUGCGCAGGAACGGCUGCGCAGGAACGGCUGCGCAGGAACGGCUGCGCAGGAACGGCUGCGCAGGAACGGCUGCGCAGGAACGGCUGCGCAGGAACGGCUGCGAACGGCUGCGCAGGAACGGCUGCGCAGGAACGGCUGCGCAGAAACGGCUGCGCAGAAACGGCUGCGCAGAAACGGCUGCGCAGAAACGGCUGCGCCGAAACGGCUGCGCCGAAACGGCUGCGCCGAAACGGCUGCGCCGAGACGGCUGCGCUAAACGGCUGCGCCGAAACGGCUGCGCAGAAACGGCUGCGCCGAAACGGCUGAGCCGAAACGGCUGCGCAGAAACGGCUGCGACGAAACGGCUGCGCCGAAACGGCUGCGCCGAAACGGCUGCGCCGAAACCGCUGCGCAGAAACGGCUGCGCAGAAACAGCUGCGCCGAAACAGCUGCGCCGAAACAGCUGCGCAGAAACAGCUGCGCAGAAACAGCUGCGCAGAAACAGCUGCGCAGAAACAGCUAGGCAGAAACAGCUGCGCAGAAACAGCUGCGCAGAAACAGCUGCGCAGAAGCAGCUGCGCAGAAACAGCUGCGCAGAAACAGCUGCGCAGAAGCAGCUGCGCAGAAGCAGCUGCGCAGAAGCAGCUGCGCAGAAGCAGCUGCGCAGAAGCAGCUGCGCAGAAGCAGCUGCGCAGAAGCAGCUGCGCAGGAACAGCUGCGCAGGAACAGCUGCGCAGGAACAGCUGCGCAGAAGCAGCUGCGCAGGAACAGCUGCGCAGAAGCAGCUGCGCAGAAACAGCUGCGCAGGAACAGCUGCGCAGGAACAGCUGCGCAGGAACAGCUGCGCAGGAACAGCUGCGCAGGAACAGCUGCGCAGGAACAGCUGCGCAGAAACGGCUGCGCAGGAACGGCUGCGCAGGAACGGCUGCGCAGGAACGGCUGCGCAGGAACGGCUGCGCAGAAACGGCUGCGCAGAAACGGCUGCGCAGAAACGGCUGCGCCGAAACGGCUGCGCCGAAACGGCUGCGCCGAAACGGCUGCGCCGAAACGGCUGCGCAGAAACGGCUGCGCAGAAACGGCUGCGCCGAAACGGCUGCGCCGAAACGGCUGCGCAGAAACAGCUGCCUGCGCAGAAGCAGCUGCGCAGAAGCAGCUGCGCAGGAACAGCUGCGCAGGAACAGCUGCGCAGAAACAGCUGCGCAGGAACAGCUAGGCAGAAACAGCUGCGCAGAAACAGCUGCGCAGAAACAGCUGCGCAGAAGCAGCUGCGCAGAAACAGCUGCGCAGAAGCAGCUGCGCAGAAGCAGCUGCGCAGAAGCAGCUGCGCAGAAGCAGCUGCGCAGAAGCAGCUGCGCAGAAGCAGCUGCGCAGGAACAGCUGCGCAGGAACAGCUGCGCAGGAACAGCUGCGCAGAAGCAGCUGCGCAGGAACAGCUGCGCAGAAGCAGCUGCGCAGAAACAGCUGCGCAGGAACAGCUGCGCAGGAACAGCUGCGCAGAAACAGCUGCGCAGGAACAGCUAGGCAGAAACAGCUGCGCAGAAACAGCUGCGCAGAAACAGCUGCGCAGAAGCAGCUGCGCAGAAACAGCUGCGCAGAAGCAGCUGCGCAGAAGCAGCUGCGCAGAAGCAGCUGCGCAGAAGCAGCUGCGCAGAAGCAGCUGCGCAGAAGCAGCUGCGCAGGAACAGCUGCGCAGGAACAGCUGCGCAGAAGCAGCUGCGCAGGAACAGCUGCGCAGAAGCAGCUGCGCAGGAACAGCUGAGCAGGAACAGCUGCGCAGGAACAGCUGCGCAGGAACAGCUGCGCAGGAGCAGCUGCGCAGGAACAGCUGCGCAGGAACAGCUGCGCAGAAACAGCUGCGCAGGAACGGCUGCGCAGGAACGGCUGCGCAGAAACGGCUGCGCAGAAACGGCUGCGCAGAAACGGCUGCGCCGAAACGGCUGCGCCGAAACGGCUGCGCCGAAACGGCUGCGCAGAAACGGCUGCGCAGAAACGGCUGCGCCGAAACGGCUGCGCAGAAACGGCUGCGCAGAAACAGCUGCGCCGAAACAGCUGCGCCGAAACAGCUGCGCAGAAACAGCUGCGCAGAAGCAGCUGCGCAGAAGCAGCUGCGCAGAAGCAGCUGCGCAGGAACAGCUGCGCAGGAACAGCUGCGCAGGAACAGCUGCGCAGGAACAGCUGCGCAGAAACGGCUGCGCAGGAACGGCUGCGCAGGAACGGCUGCGCAGAAACGGCUGCGCAGGAACGGCUGCGCAGGAACGGCUGCGCAGGAACGGCUGCGCAGGAACGGCUGCGCAGAAACGGCUGCGCAGGAACGGAUGCGCAGGAACGGCAGCGCAGGAACGGCUGCGCAGGAACGGCUGCGCAGGAACGGCUGCGCAGGAACGGCUGCGCAGGAACGGCUGCGCAGGAACGGCUGCGCAGGAACGGCUGCGCAGAAACGGCUGCGCAGUAACGGCUGCGCAGAACGGCUGCGCAGGAACAUCUGCGCAGGAACGGCUGCGCAGAAGCGGCUGCGCAGAAGCGGCUGCGCAGAAGCGGCUGCGCAGAAGCGGCUGCGCAGAAACGGCUGCGCAGAAGCGGCUGCGCAGACGCGGCUGCGCAGAAGCGGCUGCGCAGAAGCGGCUGCGCAGAAGCGGCUGCGCAGAAGCGGCAGCGAAGAAGCGGCUGCGCAGAAGCGGCUGCGCAGAAGCGGCUGCGCAGAAGCGGCUGCGCAGAAGCGGCUGCGCAGAAGCCGCUGCGCAGAAGCGGCUGCGCAGAAGCGGCUGCGCAGAAGCGGCUGCGCAGAAGCGGCUGCGCAGAAGCGGCUGCGCAGAAGCGGCUGCGCAGAAGCGGCUGCGCAGAAGCGGCUGCGCAGAAGCGGCUGCGCAGAAGCGGCUGCGCAGAAGCGGCUGCGCAGAAGCGGCUGCGCAGAAACGGCUGCGCAGAAACGGCUGCGCAUAAGCGGCUGCGCAGAGACGGCUGCGCAGAGACGGCUGCGCAGAGACGGCUGCGCAGAGACGGCUGCGCAGAAACGGCUGCGCAGAAACGGCUGCGCAGAAACGGCUGCGCAUAAAGGGCUGCGCAUAAACGGCUGCGCAGGAACGGCUGCGCAGGAACGGCUGCGCAGGAACGGCUGCAAACGGCUGCGACGAAACGGCUGCGCCGAAACGGCUGCGCCGAAACGGCUGCGCCGAAACGGCUGCGCAGAAACUGCUGCGCCGAAACAGCUGCGCCGAAACAGCUGCGCAGAAACAGCUGCGCAGAAACAGCUGCGCAGAAACAGCUGCGCAGAAACAGCUAGGCAGAAACAGCUGCGCAGAAACAGCUGCGCAGAAGCAGCUGCGCAGAAACAGCUGCGCAGAAACAGCUGCGCAGAAGCAGCUGCGCAGAAGCAGCUGCGCAGGAACAGCUGCGCAGGAACGGCUGCGCAGGAACGGCUGCGCAGGAACGGCUGCGCAGGAACGGCUGCGCAGGAACGGCUGCGCAGCAACGGCUGCGCAGGAACGGCUGCGCAGGAACGGCUGCGCAGAAACGGCUGCGCAGAAACGGCUGCGCAGAAACGGCUGAGCAGAAACGGCUGCGCAGAAGCGGCUGCGCAGAAGCGGCUGCGCAGAAGCGGCUGCGCAGAAGCGGCUGCGCAGAAGCGGCUGCGCAGAAGCGGCUGCGCAGAAGCGGCUGCGCAGAAGCGGCUGCGCAGAAGCGGCUGCGCAGAUGCGGCUGCGCAGAAGCGGCUGCGCAGAAGCGGCUGCGCAGAAGCGGCUGCGCAGAAGCGGCUGCGCAGAAGCGGCUGCGCAGAAGCGGCUGCGCAGAAGCGCCUGCGCAGAAGCGGCUGCGCAGAAGCGGCUGCAAGCGGCUGCGCAGAAGCGGCUGCGCAGAAACGGCUGCGCAGGAACGGCUGCGCAGGAACGGCUGCGCAGGAACGGCUGCGCAGAAACGGCUGCGCAAGAACGGCUGCGCAGGAACGGCUGCGCAGGAACAGCUGCGCAGGAACAGCUGCGCAGGAACAGCUGCGCAGAAACAGCUGCGCAGGAACAGCUGCGCAGGAACAGCUGCGCAGGAACGGCUGCGCAGAAACGGCUGCGCAGAAACGGCUGCGCAGAAACGGCUGCGCCGAAACGGCUGCGCCGAAACGGCUGCGCCGAAACGGCUGCGCCGAAACGGCUGCGCAGAAACGGCUGCGCCGAAACGGCUGCGCCGAAACGGCUGCGCAGAAACGGCUGCGCCGAAACGGCUGCGCCGAAACAGCUGCGCCGAAACAGCUGCGCCGAAACAGCUGCGCCGAAACAGCUGCGCAGGAACAGCUGCGCAGUAACAGCUGCGCAGAAACAGCUGCGCAGAAACAGCUGCGCAGGAACAGCUGCGCAGAAACAGCUGCGCAGAAGCAGCUGCGCAGAAGCAGCUGCGCAGAAGCAGCUGCGCAGAAACAGCUGCGCAGAAGCAGCUGCGCAGAAGCAGCUGCGCAGAAACAGCUGCGCAGAAGCAGCUGCGCAGAAGCAGCUGCGCAGAAGCAGCUGCGCAGAAGCAGCUGCGCAGAAGCAGCUGCGCAGGAACAGCUGCGCAGAAGCAGCUGCGCAGGAACAGCUGCGCAGAAGCAGCUGCGCAGAAACAGCUGCGCAGGAACAGCUGCGCAGGAACAGCUGCGCAGGAACAGCUGCGCAGAAACAGCUGCGCAGGAACAGCUGCGCAGGAACAGCUGCGCAGAAACAGCUGCGCAGAAGCAGCUGCGCAGAAGCAGCUGCGCAGAAACAGCUGCGCAGAAGCAGCUGCGCAGAAGCAGCUGCGCAGAAGCAGCUGCGCAGAAGCAGCUGCGCAGAAGCAGCUGCGCAGAAGCAGCUGCGCAGGAACAGCUGCGCAGGAACAGCUGCGCAGAAGCAGCUGCGCAGGAACAGCUGCGCAGAAGCAGCUGCGCAGGAACAGCUGAGCAGGAACAGCUGCGCAGGAACAGCUGCGCAGGAACAGCUGCGCAGGAGCAGCUGCGCAGGAACAGCUGCGCAGGAACAGCUGCGCAGAAACAGCUGCGCAGGAACGGCUGCGCAGAAACGGCUGCGCAGAAACGGCUGCGCAGAAACGGCUGCGCCGAAACGGCUGCGCCGAAACGGCUGCGCCGAAACGGCUGCGCAGAAACGGCUGCGCAGAAACGGCUGCGCCGAAACGGCUGCGCAGAAACGGCUGCGCAGAAACGGCUGCGCAGAAACAGCUGCGCCGAAACAGCUGCGCCGAAACAGCUGCGCAGAAACAGCUGCGCAGAAGCAGCUGCGCAGAAGCAGCUGCGCAGAAGCAGCUGCGCAGGAACAGCUGCGCAGGAACAGCUGCGCAGGAACAGCUGCGCAGGAACAGCUGCGCAGAAACGGCUGCGCAGGAACGGCUGCGCAGGAACGGCUGCGCAGAAACGGCUGCGCAGGAACGGCUGCGCAGGAACGGCUGCGCAGGAACGGCUGCGCAGGAACGGCUGCGCAGAAACAGCUGCGCAGGAACGGAUGCGCAGGAACGGCAGCGCAGGAACGGCUGCGCAGGAACGGCUGCGCAGGAACGGCUGCGCAGGAACGGCUGCGCAGGAACGGCUGCGCAGGAACGGCUGCGCAGGAACGGCUGCGCAGAAACGGCUGCGCAGUAACGGCUGCGCAGAACGGCUGCGCAGGAACAUCUGCGCAGGAACGGCUGCGCAGAAGCGGCUGCGCAGAAGCGGCUGCGCAGAAGCGGCUGCGCAGAAGCGGCUGCGCAGAAACGGCUGCGCAGAAGCGGCUGCGCAGACGCGGCUGCGCAGAAGCGGCUGCGCAGAAGCGGCUGCGCAGAAGCGGCUGCGCAGAAGCGGCAGCGCAGAAGCGGCUGCGCAGAAGCGGCUGCGCAGAAGCGGCUGCGCAGAAGCGGCUGCGCAGAAGCGGCUGCGCAGAAGCCGCUGCGCAGAAGCGGCUGCGCAGAAGCGGCUGCGCAGAAGCGGCUGCGCAGAAGCGGCUGCGCAGAAGCGGCUGCGCAGAAGCGGCUGCGCAGAAGCGGCUGCGCAGAAGCGGCUGCGCAGAAGCGGCUGCGCAGAAGCGGCUGCGCAGAAGCGGCUGCGCAGAAGCGGCUGCGCAGAAACGGCUGCGCAGAAACGGCUGCGCAUAAGCGGCUGCGCAGAGACGGCUGCGCAGAGACGGCUGCGCAGAGACGGCUGCGCAGAGACGGCUGCGCAGAAACGGCUGCGCAGAAACGGCUGCGCAGAAACGGCUGCGCAUAAACGGCUGCGCAUAAACGGCUGCGCAGGAACGGCUGCGCAGGAACGGCUGCGCAGGAACGGCUGCGCAGGAACGGCUGCAAACGGCUGCGCCGAAACGGCUGAGCCGAAACGGCUGCGCAGAAACGGCUGCGACGAAACGGCUGCGCCGAAACGGCUGCGCCGAAACGGCUGCGCCGAAACGGCUGCGCAGAAACUGCUGCGCCGAAACAGCUGCGCCGAAACAGCUGCGCAGAAACAGCUGCGCAGAAACAGCUGCGCAGAAACAGCUGCGCAGAAACAGCUAGGCAGAAACAGCUGCGCAGAAACAGCUGCGCAGAAGCAGCUGCGCAGAAACAGCUGCGCAGAAACAGCUGCGCAGAAGCAGCUGCGCAGAAGCAGCUGCGCAGGAACGGCUGCGCAGGAACGGCUGCGCAGGAACGGCUGCGCAGGAACGGCUGCGCAGGAACGGCUGCGCAGGAACGGCUGCGCAGCAACGGCUGCGCAGGAACGGCUGCGCAGGAACGGCUGCGCAGGAACGGCUGCGCAGAAACGGCUGCGCAGAAACGGCUGCGCAGAAACGGCUGAGCAGAAACGGCUGCGCAGAAGCGGCUGCGCAGAAGCGGCUGCGCAGAAGCGGCUGCGCAGAAGCGGCUGCGCAGAAGCGGCUGCGCAGAAGCGGCUGCGCAGAAGCGGCUGCGCAGAAGCGGCUGCGCAGAAGCGGCUGCGCAGAUGCGGCUGCGCAGAAGCGGCUGCGCAGAAGCGGCUGCGCAGAAGCGGCUGCGCAGAAGCGGCUGCGCAGAAGCGGCUGCGCAGAAGCGGCUGCGCAGAAGCGGCUGCGCAGAAGCGGCUGCGCAGAAGCGGCUGCGCAGAAACGGCUGCGCAGAAACGGCUGCGCAGAAACGGCUGCGCAGAAACGGCUGCGCAUAAACGGCUGCGCAUAAACGGCUGCGCAGAAGCGGCUGCGCAGAAGCGGCUGCGCAGAAGCGGCUGCGCAGGAACGGCUGCGCAGGAACGGCUGCGCAGGAACGGCUGCGCAGAAACGGCUGCGCAGGAACGGCUGCGCAGGAACGGCUGCGCAGGAACAGCUGCGCAGGAACAGCUGCGCAGGAACAGCUGCGCAGAAACAGCUGCGCAGGAACAGCUGCGCAGGAACAGCUGCGCAGGAACGGCUGCGCAGAAACGGCUGCGCAGAAACGGCUGCGCAGAAACGGCUGCGCCGAAACGGCUGCGCCGAAACGGCUGCGCCGAAACGGCUGCGCCGAAACGGCUGCGCAGAAACGGCUGCGCCGAAACGGCUGCGCCGAAACGGCUGCGCAGAAACGGCUGCGCCGAAACGGCUGCGCCGAAACAGCUGCGCCGAAACAGCUGCGCCGAAACAGCUGCGCCGAAACAGCUGCGCAGGAACAGCUGCGCAGUAACAGCUGCGCAGAAACAGCUGCGCAGAAACAGCUGCGCAGGAACAGCUGCGCAGAAACAGCUGCGCAGAAGCAGCUGCGCAGAAGCAGCUGCGCAGAAGCAGCUGCGCAGAAACAGCUGCGCAGAAGCAGCUGCGCAGAAGCAGCUGCGCAGAAACAGCUGCGCAGAAGCAGCUGCGCAGAAGCAGCUGCGCAGAAGCAGCUGCGCAGAAGCAGCUGCGCAGAAGCAGCUGCGCAGGAACAGCUGUGCAGAAGCAGCUGCGCAGGAACAGCUGCGCAGAAGCAGCUGCGCAGAAACAGCUGCGCAGGAACAGCUGCGCAGGAACAGCUGCGCAGGAACAGCUGCGCAGAAACAGCUGCGCAGGAACAGCUGCGCAGGAACAGCUGCGCAGAAACAGCUGCGCAGAAGCAGCUGCGCAGAAGCAGCUGCGCAGAAACAGCUGCGCAGAAGCAGCUGCGCAGAAGCAGCUGCGCAGAAGCAGCUGCGCAGAAGCAGCUGCGCAGAAGCAGCUGCGCAGGAAAAGCUGCGCAGGAACAGCUGCGCAGAAGCAGCUGCGCAGGAACAGCUGCGCAGAAGCAGCUGCGCAGAAACAGCUGCGCAGGAACAGCUGCGCAGGAACAGCUGCGCAGGAACAGCUGCGCAGGAACAGCUGCGCAGAAACAGCUGCGCAGGAACAGCUGCGCAGGAACAGCUGCGCAGGAACAGCUGCGCAGAAACAGCUGCGCAGGAACAGCUGCGCAGAAACAGCUGCGCAGAAACAGCUGCGCAGAAACAGCUGCGCAGAAACAGCUGCGCAGAAACAGCUGCGCAGAAACAGCUGCGCAGAAACAGCUGCGCCGAAACAGCUGCGCCGAAACAGCUGCGCCGAAACAGCUGCGCCGAAACAGCUGCGCCGAAACAGCUGCGCAGAAACAGCUGCGCCGAAACAGCUGCGCAGAAACAGCUGCGCAGAAACAGCUGCGCAGAAACAGCUGCGCAGAAACAGCUGCGCAGAAACAGCUGCGCAGGAACAGCUGCGCAGCCGUUUAUGCGCAGCCCCGUUUAA